GCUCCCGGUGCUAGCGCCAAUUGGCCUCGCCCAGGGCGGCAUUAGCAAGCCCCGCGCCAAGUGGGAAAUGAAGCCCACGAUCUUGUUCGGCAACGUUACCGAGUGGGGGCCACAAGCCGCCGCCUUCGCGAGGGACGAGGGCAAGCGAUACCACGUGCUCGCGCUGGCGGAGACGCACGUGUCGACGUGUAACCUUGACGCGGUGAAAGGGCCCGCUGGCUGCGGAUGGCUGCAAGGAGGGCGGGCCCUGGCCAGAAGGGACAUCGCGGCCUCGCCGUGCGCGCUGCACACUGCGCACGGCAACCUGGUCGUCAUCGCGGCGCACCUCAGGCCAGGGCUCCGCGAUCAGGAGGGCAAGCGCGAAAUCCUCGCGGGCCUCGCUACAUUCCUGGACAUGGCGCAGGACCCAUGGCUGGCACUGGCGGACUGGAACUACGAGCCGCCCUGGUGGGCCGACAAGCCGUGGCCCGUGCAGUGGAAUGCUUCAACCCUUGCACCCGAUGGCUGCACCGUCACGCGCGACAAGGGCAAGGGCCCCAUCUACGACUACGGCAUCGCUCGCAGCGGCGUCGCGGGGGCCCUCAAGUUGCAGGCCGUCUACCAAGUACCUUGGAAGGCCCACUGCGCCAUCGAGAUCACGCUCGGGGCUGACCAGCCCUGGCAGCAGAAGUGCCUGAAGGCGCCCUCCAGCACGGCGAAGGCCCCCCCUAAGUUCGACGGCGUGCGAGUCGGCACUCGGCGCGGGCGCGGCCACUGGGUCCACCGCCGACGCGGUGAGGCGGCCUGGGUCGUCAACGCGCCCCGCGCCCAGGGGGCCGCCGCAGUGGAGAUCGCGAUCCCCGGGGCGCGCCAGAUCUUCGUCGAAGAGCAGCCGAGGAAAAUUGGGCGCGCGGAGGGGUGCGGGGCGGUCACCGCGACCAUAAAGACACCCCCUGGUAGGCCUCACCUACGUGACCUACUAGCCGCACGGUGGCAGACCGUCACCUCGCUGCUGACCAGGUACACCGCCCUGGUCAAGAACGGCAAGGACCCCCACGCGCGCCUGAUGGUGGCCAAGUCCGUAUCGGCCAAGACCGACCAGCUUGAGAACGCGGAGUUCCAGGCGAACUACUUCGGGCCGAAGACCAACCCAGCCGAGACCGACGAGUGGAAGAUGAAUUCGUCGACGCUCGACUUCUGCAGCGACGACGACCUGGCCUACAUUGCGGCGACCACCGAGCUCUGGGCCAACAGGGCGAUGGGGCGGGCGCCCGCCCGAUCGCGCAAGCGGCCCCUCGAGUGGGCCAAGACGGCCUGGAAGGAGAGCCCGGGCAAGCUCCGCGGGAUCGUCAAGAACCCGAGACCGCCCAAGCUCGAGACCACGAACGGCGGCGUCACGCUAGGCGCGCCGUCGCCCACCACGCACGCGGCCGCUGACACGCGGAACGGCAUCUGGGAGACGCCCACGCACGACGAGGAGGCCCUCUACCAGGCCCACGCGGAGAUCCCCGCGAGGGCACUGGACAGACCGCUCGACGAUAUCACGGCGGACCAGGUCCGAGCGGCGGUCGCGGUGGCCAGCCCCAAGAAAGCGAAGGGCGUCGACAACAUCGGCCCCGCUGACAUCCAUAGGCCCUCCGAGGCAGGCACCCAGCAGUUCGCCGAUCUCCUCGACGAGGUCGAGCGGGCGGGGCUGCGGCCACAGCAG